AUGGAUCCAAGCGGCAUGAAGGGAGGUGGGAACAAUCGCAAGAAUCGCAGCCGCCGUGACGAAAGUCAGACGGAACUUCGACUACGCCAGCUGCGAGCUUCGGAAGGUCGCACCUUGCGUUCCACCAGUAAUAACACCAACGCUGUUCGUCCCGAAGAAGCACCCUCUUCCAUGAGUAAUAAUCGCCGUCGUAGUAGUAACGAUCCUCCCGCGGCACAAGAAUCCAACGCACGCUUUGCGGCGCGUCCCAACCGCAACGAAGAGGAGGAGGAGGAGGGAGGAAACAACAAUAAUGACAAUCCUUUGCUGGCGGAUUUGUUGCGUCAUUUGCGUGAAUACUGUCGCGACGGUGAUCGAAAAGGUGCUCAUGCCAGUGCGAUCAAUGUGGAAAAAGCACGCAAUGUACUAGAAGCAUGCGCUGGGAACGUGGCACUGGCGGGUCAAUUGUAUUGGGAUGAUUAUUUUGCCUCGCAAAUGCACGAACAACCCUUGGAUGCUCCCUCUGGAGCAGCAGCAGCAGCAGCCCCCGCGGAAGAGGAAAACAAUCCGGAGGAAGAAGAGCCUCAGGGUGUCCGUCGUCGACUGGAGAGUGAUUUUGAACGAUUACUUCCGGCCGCUCGUCUGGAUGCACCUCAAAAACUCCCGUCCAAAAGACGCCGUCGAAGACGACAACAACGACAAGAAGCGGGCGAACCACCCGCAAAUGUGGCUGUUGCCGCAGCCAAUAACAACAACAACAAUAAUGGAAAUAUUCCCUUGGAAGAUGGACCCGCCGCUCGUCUUCGGCGUGCACCACCACCACCACAACCCGAAAAUAAUAUCAUCCACAACCGGGCGGCUGUGGCGGUCGCUGCGGAAGAUGCGGCUGGAGGAGGAGAAGCCAGUGUAUCCGUGUCCGACGAUGAAGCGGGUGUGGGAGGUUUGCGAAUGGUCCGCGCUAGAAAUGGCGCUGCCACGGCCAAGAAUCGUUCCCGCCGUCGUCGUCGCAGCUCCAGCGAAGAAAAUAAUAGCAGUGAAUUGAACCGGGCACGGGAAGUGCUGUAUGCACAAAUUAAUGCCGCCAACGGCGAGGAGGAGUCCGAACGGCGCAAGCGGUACCGUGCCGCUGUCAAGAGUGGCAGUGGUGACGGCGAUGGAGGAGACGACGACGACAGUAGUGGAAGUGACAAGGACGAAAGUGACGACGACGCCUACCUGAGUGAGAAUGACUGGCUCUUCAAUGCUCCCAGCCGAAACAAUGCGGCAAUGCCACCAGAUGCGUCUUCGUCGUCUGCCUCUCAACCCGUCCAGAACUUGAGGGCACCACUGAAAAUUCUAUGGGGAGGUCUCAUCCGUACACCUGCGGCCACUGCGAAAAAGGUAAACAUCAAAAUGGAAGAGGACGAUCCAGAAGAGCCCGCGGAAAAAAAGAUGCAAAACAGCAGCAAAGUCAAAGUCGAAAAUGACGAGAGAAACAAAAGUGGAGACGGCAGCGCGGAUGACAAUGACAACAACAACGCCAAUGAUGGUGAUGAAGAGGCCGCCGCCAACAACAACUUGUCCUCCAAGCGUCCUGAAAUUCCUAGCACGUGGUUGCACGCUUCGUUUUCCACUCAUCCUUCCGCAAUGGGAUUGGCCAUCAAGAAACCAAAGGUCGAGGAUGUAGCGGAGCAUUCGUGGAAACUACAGCAGCUAGGCCCAGAUCCUUCUGCCGCGAACCGCCGUAGCAACGCCGUGCCCUUGCCUUACCACUGUCGGUCCAUGACAGCUGUUCUUUCCAUUGUUACCGCCAUCAUCUACACGGGUGCUUCGAUUCAGUCGAAUCAAGUUACUUGCUCUACAAGGGUCCCCUUUCUAGAGUUGUCCGAAGAGGAACGGACUCGACAAUUCGAUGAUCGACUGGUGGAUGCCCUUGCCGUCCUGAUCUUCAUUGCAGCCAAGGCGAGCAAGGAACGCAAGAAGAAAGCUUUGGACAAGCAGCUAGCUCGAAAGAAGCGGAAAAAGAAGCGACAAAAGAGAAAGGAAGCUGGUGAUGAUGGCGGACUGGUGAUGGAGGAUGAUGAGCCCGAUGCGCUGCAGCAGACUCUCGAACGAAAGCUGAAACUCUGCCCCGUGGCAUGGUGGAAAGAGAACCCACAGGGUGUUGUUAACCUGCCUUCGGAACAGUGGCAGAGUUCCCUAGAUGAUACUUCGCACACUGGGCCCCGUAUUCAAGUGGGCGUGAGUUACAGUAACCUUGGCGACAUUGGGGCGUACGUUCUAAGCAACCUGCAGUCAUUUUUAGCUCCUGGGGGGUUGGCUUUGUUUCUGGAGACGAUUGUGGGCAUUCACGGCGAGGGAGCAGUCAAGAGAAUGAUUGAGAAAUCGCGAAAGAAUGCAACCGACUCGUGCAAGGGAAAAUUCCUUGUCAAGUGCUCUUGCGAAGAACGGCAAAGGAAGCGACUCCAGGAUGCGUCCGAAAGGCGAAAGCUGAUGAGCUCGGUGGACACGACACCACCUGGGAAUGAUUGUAUCAGUAUAGAGCUCAUCAGUUUGCUACUGACAGGAAAGGUUCAGUCCUCAUGGAAGGGCUGGAGUACUGAUCAAUUGGGCUUUGGCAUUCUUUCGCGCACAUCAGGAGAAGUGGGUCAAUCCUUGAACUGCCCAGAAUUGCCUGUGUGGCUGUUGGCGGGAGAGACUUGCUUUUCUCUUCUGGCUCUUGAUCACACCAAUCACGGCGAGAACCUGGAUGAGGAGAGAGUCUCGAAGUCGUCUCUCGACGAACCUGGAAAGAAGAAAGAAAAGAAGAGCAAACAGUACUUGGGUCCAUCGAAGCCCAAAGCAGCACCCUGUAUGAAAAUGUCGCUUUGCAGCAACACGAGUCGCAGCCGGGAUCGUCAGGAAGUACAAAAUUUUUCCAAGACGGACCAGCCAGGCGCGAUUGUGAACUUGCUGCAUUGGAAUUGUUGGUUUGCGGUGCGAAACCAGUCAGGUCUUCGUCUGAUUACAGAUCGGCCCAAGUGGAGUCCUCCGACACCCUCAUGGGUUCUGGCCCACUACAAGUCCGCCCCCAAUGCGAAACAUUCUUCGUCGCUAUCGUGUGUUCGCAAGUCAGCAGCUGAGCAGCUUCAAGAGCGACGAAGUGCCCUUGUCAACGUAGUGAGCUGCGAUGAAAGGGACCGUUCAUCGCAGGCACCCAAGGUUGACGAAGGUGCAAUGGAACGCGUUCGCUCCAACGAUGACGAUGUGAAGUUUUAUCCGGGACAGUAUCGAAUGUGGAGGUUUGAUAUGGGCAAAGAAAACGAAGAGAUCGACCCCAAUUCGAAGCCGCGUGGUGAUCAUUGGGUUCCUUACUUUUCUUUAAGCCGUGAUGAUCAAUCCAUUGUGGAGAUGAAGUUUGGUCCUCAGAUCAAUCGCAUUCUGUGGACACGGUGGCCUUCUGCCACAAUUGACAAGUUCACGCCCGCAGGGAAGACAGAAGCUCUGCCCGUCGUUUAG